AUGUCUCUGUGCACCUUGCGUCUCGGAGAGGAACGCAAGCAAUGGCGAAAGGACCACCCGUUCGGCUUCUGGGCCAGACCCGUCAAGAACGCCCAGGGUGUUCUCGACCUCAAGACCUGGGAGUGCGGCAUUCCCGGAAAGGAGAAAACAAUCUGGGAGGGAGGUCUCUACAAGAUGACCAUGAUCUUCCCCGACGAAUACCCGACGAAGCCCCCUAAGUGCAAGUUUACGCCGCCUCUGUUCCACCCUAACGUUUACCCCUCCGGAACCGUCUGCCUUUCCAUCCUGAACGAGGAUGAAGGCUGGAAGCCAGCCAUCACGGUGAAGGCGAUCGCACUCGGUGUUCAGGACCUUCUCGAUAACCCGAACCCCGACUCGCCGGCACAAGCUGAAGCGUACAACCUCUUCAAGAGAGACCGUAUCGAGUACGAGAAACGCGUCAAGCGUACCGUCCGAGACAACGCCGCUUCGUAG